CUUGCUGCUCGUCAUGCUUCAACCCUUCGAGGAUAGCGGCGUCAAGGUCUCCGCUUAGCUCCCCUUCGUCCGCGUGGGUGUCGGUGUCAACUAUCAAGGGUAUAUGGGAGCUGCCCUUGCGGAACUCAUCCAGCAAGUGCACAAACUCCUUGUCAACGAUGAUGGAGUCAACGUCGGCGUGCGUGAAGAUGUAUGCAAUGUCCUCUGCCUUUAGCCGAUAGUUGAUAGCUACAAUCAGCUCCGGUUAGCCCGUAUCUCUCCCAACGCUCCCCGACGUUGUCGUCCACUUCACACCGCGUAUUCGGAAGAUCUUACCGACGUUGACUGCGCCGGCUGCAGCAAUGCCGAAUAUCGACUCGAGGAAGCCAGGCGUGUUCGGAGCCAGUAUCCCCACUCGCCUGUACCCACGCUUCUUGAUGUAGUAUGCAAGUCCCCUCGCCCUGUCUGCGAAUUGCUGGUAUGUCUUCCGGACGGUCUUGUUGUUCGCCGUAACAUGGUAUAUGGCUUCAGCCUACAUGGACCAGACGAUGUCUUUAGCCGCGCCAGCCCCUCCACGCUGCAACAAAGAGAACAAUGCUCUGCAUAAAAGGGAUUGUCAACAACGUACGUCUGGCUCGAUUGCAGCUGCGCGAGGCAGGAAGAAGGUCGGCGAGAGGGUAUGUCUGUUCCUGCUGAGUGAAGCAGCGUCUCCCUGCUGCGGCUGGAGCUGCGCAGAGACGCUCUCAAGCCUGGCCUUUGCGCCAGACAUCGUGGAUAGAGAUGGGAGUCAGAACAAGAAGAAGGCAAAAAUGCAAAACGGGGGAGAGAGAGAGAGGAGGAAAGCCGGAGAACCCUUUAUAUAUUCCGUCUCCCUGCCGGUCGGACGGUGAGUUGCGUCUUCUGCUUCUU